CAAACUGUCAACUGUCAAAAAAUUGGCUGAUAAUCUUCGACGAUCGACAUGUAAACAAUUAAAUAAUCAUUAAAUAUUACAUAAAAAAACGUUAAACAAUCGUAAAAAUCUAAAGAAAAAAAGGAACGUUGUCCCUCAUUCACCAAGAUGACGAAACUAAAAAAUACACAAGCUGAACGGUUAAAUCCUUGUCUUAAGGAGCAAGAAAUGUCUUAUCAAUGCUUAAACAAGAACAACUAUGACCAAUCCAAAUGCGAAGAUUAUUUUGAUAACUACAAUACAUGUAAAAAGUUCUGGGGCAAGGUAUACCAGGAUAGGAAAGCUAAAGGAUUAUACCCAUACAUGCCGGAAGUGGAAGACAGGCCCAAAAUAAAGGAAGAAUAUUUUCAAUAUAUUAAAAGCCAAUUAAACUAGACUAGUAUCUAAAACAAUAGAUUUAGAACAAACUAUAUAAAGAUUGCAAUGACUAUAAUGGGAAAAGAUCAGGGAAUAUUGACAACAGAUUUCUACACUAUGUUAUACAAAUAAUUAUCUCAGAUAAGUUUCAAACCAGGACACAAAACAGAACUGCCCACAAUGUCUCAUCACUUUUUAAAAAAAGUCAUGACUGCGUUUGGCGGGAAAUUGCAGAUGCUCCAUAGAGAAUACUUGUACUUUUAUCAGCCAUAGACAAUCACUUCCCUUUAACUUUAUCAACCCCUAAAGUUUAAUAUUAAUCUUUCUCGGACUUGGGAACUUUCCUUCCCCUUUGAACAAUAAAAUAUAACAGUAAAAUGAUGACUCUGAAUCGUUCAACAAUACUAAUAGAAAUAGGGUUUAUAUCUUUUUAUUGUUUCUUUAUUUUAAUUGACGUGUUCCCUGGUGGCAAGAAGGAAUUUUGCUUUUAUUUGUUGCUGGUAAUACUAUUUAACCUAAACAUGGUGUAAUAACAGAGUAAUAUAUUUAUUUUCAAUAAAUACUACAUAUAUGGCAAAA